AUGGCCUCCGCCCGUGAACACCAGUCUCCUUGCAUGGACUGGCCUAAUGAUGCAGGCUUCGAGGCCACGGCCGAGUGUCGCGAGCCCGUUGAAUUACCAGUCACCGGCUUGAUCCCUUGGCAGGUCGCGGGAACACUAUACCGAGUAGGGCCCGGAACAUAUAAAGUGGCAGGGAGCAAGUACCAGCUCAGUCAUUGGUUUGAUGGGUUCACUCAUCUGCAUCGCUUUCAGAUGGUGACGCAGCCUACUGGUACCUGCAGGGUGUUGUAUAGCUCGCGACGGCAAGUGGAUAGACUGGUCGAAGAAGCACGGAACUCGGGGACUCUUGAGGGCAUCACCUUUGGCCAGAACCGAGAUCCAUACCCGGGGCUCGUCAAUGCCGGGGUCACCGUCCAUGCAAAUAUCCCGGGCGUAACACCUCAUCCUACGAGCUCCGAUGCAUUGGCAGGAGUGCGGCAAUUCCGCAGUCUGACCACUAUGACAGAUGCCAACAUACUCAAACAUGUCGACCCGGAUACCCUGGAGCCCAUGGGGGUCACUCGCCAGGACACUCUGCACCCCGAGUUGCGAGGACCCCUUUCAUGUGCUCAUGCCGCCCUCGACCCUACAACUGGGGAUUUGUUCAACUACAAUCUCGACCUGGGUAGAUACGCAACCUACAGAGUUUUCCGAACCGCGGCUGCUACCGGUCAGACGGAUAUCCUUGCCACUAUCUCGGGGCCAACCGUCAAACCGGCUUACCUCCACUCCUUCUUUCUGAGCGCCGACUAUGUGAUUCUGUGCAUCUGGCCCUGUACCUUUGCGGCAGCUGGCGUCAGAAUCCUGUGGGAGAGAAACAUGGUGGAUGCUAUGCGAUUCGACUCCAACAUUCAGACGCGCUGGUAUGUCGUGGACCGAAAACAAAACAAAGGGGUCGUGGCCGCCUUUUUGAGUCCAGCCUUUUUCAGCUUCCAUACCAUCAAUGCAUGGCAGACCGACAACGGCGAUGGAACAGUCGAUGUCAUUUGUGACAUCAUUCAAUAUCCGACCGACGAAAUGAUCCGGCGAGGGUACUAUGAAUCGAUGGUUUCCGCCGGUAGUGACGUGGGGAAAUACUUCGGCAGUGAAGCAUCGCGUCCCAGUUUGGUCCGCUAUCGCCUGCCCAGCGUGCCCAAGGACUCCCGGGCCGAGUUACCUACCAACGAUACAAAUAUACCCCCAGCAGACAUACUGCUGAAAAUUGAAGGCGAAGGGGUUGGAGACCUGCCCACCAUCAACCACUGUGUUGCCACCAAGCCGGCGCGAUAUGUGUACAACGUCGUCAACCGGGGAAAGUCAUCCUUUUUUGAUGGCAUUGCCAAGGUUGAUCUGGAAACGCAAAGGGUCCUAAUCUGGAGCCAGAACCACCAUACUCCGGGCGAAGCUAUCUUUGUGCCGGACGGUACGAAUGCCGCCGAGGAUGCCGGGUACCUGCUCAGCAUUGUUCUGAAUGGCGACACAGGAACAAGCUACAUUUUGUGCCUCAAUGCGUGUGACAUGACGGAAGUAGGACGCGCUGAUUGUGCUGCAGCAGUGGGCUUUGGUUUUCAUGGUACACAUUAUCCUUUUUGCGAAUAG